AUUUUUCCUUUCUGUGAUGAACGUGCUUACUCGUUUGACACAUCAUCGGUAAACUGUUGGGGAUUUUUGGGUCAGGUGGAAAAAAAAUGCCUGACAAGUACUCCAUUCUGUUGCCAACGUACAACGAGAGGGAGAACCUCCCAAUUAUCACAUGGCUGCUCAUCAAGAAUCUCUCUCAGUGUGAUUGCGAGUUUGAAAUCAUCAUCAUUGACGAUGGCAGUCCAGAUGGAACACUGGAUGUUGCUAAGCAACUACAGAAGAUAUAUGGUGACAAGAAAAUAGUCCUGCGACCAAGGGAGAAAAAACUAGGUCUUGGGACGGCAUACAUCCAUGGCAUAAAACAUGCGACUGGAAAUUUCAUCAUAAUCAUGGAUGCCGAUCUCUCCCAUCAUCCGAAAUUCAUCCCAUAUUUCAUUGAGAAACAGAAGCAAGGAAACCUAGACAUAGUAACGGGGACCAGGUAUUCAGGAAAUGGCGGGGUGUUCGGAUGGGAUUUCAAACGCAAGCUGGUCAGCAGAGGGGCAAACUUUCUGACACAGGUUUUAUUGCGACCCGGUUGUUCGGACCUGACAGGAAGUUUCAGACUGUACAAGAAAGCAGUGCUUGAGAAGUUGGUGAACUCGUGCGUGUCAAAGGGCUACGUGUUUCAGAUGGAGAUGAUUGUGAGGGCGCGGCAGUUUGGGUUCACGCUUGGCGAAGUGCCAAUUUCCUUUGUUGAUCGCGUUUACGGCGAGUCAAAGUUGGGUGGAAGUGAAAUUGUUCAGUUUGCUAAAGGACUGUUGCAUUUGUUCGCAACGACCUGAAUGUGGGAUUGAAUAUUUAUGUCUUGUGAUUUUGGUGAAGACGUUCAGUGAAUCUUUGGUACAAGCUAUACAUUAGUUACGUUGGGGCUGAGAAAUCUGCAUUUGAUGCCAUAUUCUUUAAUUUGUCAAGGAAAAGUGAAAUUUAUAUUAAAUCAUUUCCAGCUAAAGAUAUGCAACAAAAAAGAAAAAAAAAUAGCUUAAUCUUCAAAUAUUAUGAGGAAUCUUUGUAAACCUUUUCACAUAUUUGCAGCCAAAAAAAAAAGCUACGCUCUGAGAAAACUGGGCUUAAAGGGGCCUUUUCACAGAUUUUGGCAUUUUUUAACUUAUUCAUUAAAUGCUUUAUAUCGAUAAAUGUAAACAUUGGAUCGUAAAAGCUCCAGUAAAAAAUCAAGAAUAAAAUUAAAAAAAGGAAAAGAACAUUGCCCGGACCAGGUUUCGAACCAGUGAUCCCUGCUGUCCUGCCAGAGUCCUGAAGUAAAAACGCUCUAGCCUACUGAGCUAUUCCGCCGAGUACACAUACUUGAAGUAUUUUAUACCUUAUAUAAGCAAUCUUCGUAGUUUCACAAAAUUUAACGACAAAAACAGAACUCUCCAAAUUAUUCAAUCGUUUCGCGUUGCAACGCUUUAUAAUUUUUAGGUUUUAAAAUCGUCAAAAGAUGCAUAUAAUGGCUAUAUUAGACCAUGGUAAAUGUUCAGUAUUACCGUUUCCUCACAAAUAUCAUAACUAAAACAAAAAUUUGCGAAUCUGAAACAACUUUUUUCAAUUUUGUCAAUUUACCAAAGCGUGAAAAGAUCCCUUUAAUGCAUGUGUUAACAGUUUUGUCUUUGAUUUGCCUGUGUACCAAUGCAUUAAGCCCCGUUUUCCCAAAGUGAGGCUCAUACAUAAGUUGUCACGGACUAUUUAGGCUACUGGUAAUUCUUUUAAAGCACUCAGAGACAGCAAUAGAAUAAGUUUUACAAUAUAUUGUACACGUAGCACAUAUCAGGGUUUUCCCCCAAGAAAUGUGAGGCCUUGUCAGGCUGCGACAAAGUGGGCUUUUGAGGGGUGUCCCACACCAUUCUUGUAGAAAAUGUUACAUUUUAAGAACAUGAUUUAUGUGUUUGGGAUACACAUAUAAGUGUUUAUAAAUUAUUUUGCGUCAUGUUUUCGUGAAACAAAAUAUGGGCAAUUAAUACAUGCUUAAUAUCACGGAAUAGUCCCCAAAUGAAUACAGUUCAAUGCUUCAUACAUAAAAUUCACUUACUAAUCAUUGAAAUGUUAAAAUAUCCUGUGUCUGUUGCUACACUUUGCAAGUUCCAAUUAUUUAAAUCAAUACUGUUAUGUUGCUGGUUUUUAAAAAUAAUUGUUAUCAGAUUUUCAAGUUUAAAAGAUGAGCUGAAAGUAAAUGUAACUUAGGACAAUUUAACCUUUAUUUCAUGUAAAUUAUAAAUUAUAAGUUUUGUUUAAACAGUUUCAGAAAAAGUAUAGUAGUUAUUAAUAAAUAAAUAUAAAAAAUUAAAAGUACAGUUAUGCUAAUGAAAUUAAGUUCAGGAAUGUAUUAACGCCUCGUUUGUGGUCUUAAAUGGAUUCCGUUGAAACCAAUACAACGUGAAUUUAAUCGAUUAGCAAUGGCAAUCAAAACUCAUUUAGUGUUUUUCCCAGGCCGUUUAAGCGUGGCGCGGCGCCAUGCCCUUUUUUUAGCGCCACGCUGCGCCCUUUCAAAGCCAUUUAGCACCACGCUGCCCUUUCCAAAGGCCGCCGCCCUGCCCUUUCAUGAGCAACCGCUGUUUUCUGCCCUUAUUGAUAACAUCUUAAUUGCCCCUUGACCAAGCUUCUAAGCUGACUAGUAUCAGAUUAUGGCCCCAAGGCAGCGAAGAUUCGCUGGGUUGUGAAUUAGUCAUGCGUGAAUAACCCCGUGUCAAUAUCAAUCCAUAAUGUCAGAGGCUAUGUUAUACCAAGCGCACUAAUCGGUGGGUGAUGUGUACUCCUCCACGAUAAAAUUGUGGACUGUUACUUCCGAGACUGUUGAUGAAAUACUCGAUGUUAUCCUCGUGGAAAUUGUGCAUUUUAUGCAUAACUCAGUUAUAUCAAAACAUAUAUUUUUAUGCAUAUUUACAUUUAAAAACACAAACAAAUUAAUUCUUUUAUCGUUAUCGUCUUUAAGAUAAUUAAUUAUUGAAAUAAUUACUGAGACGUAUACUAAUUAAACAAAACGCGAAUUGCGUAUUAGGUGGACGUAUUAUACGAUUUUACAUUGCUAAGCGCACCUGUCGCUUACAUCUUUUUAACAAGAUGCCAGAAAUACAGAAUUAAAUUUUUACUUGGCAAAAAUGGCGAAAACGAUCGAAUUAACGAUGGAGAUCAUAUAUUUAGAAGGAAUUAAUGAAAUGUCUGUGAUAAUCAACGAUGCAUAAAAAUGUUUUAGAUAGCAACAACAUAUUUAUUUGUAAUCUACUCGGUGGAUGUAUGUCACGGAAACGAGUGUUUGCAUAUUGUUAGCGAUCAGUUUACUCGCAAUGUUAAACAUCUGACAAGAUUAUCGUUAGAAAAUGGGAUAAGACAAACAUGGUUUCAUUUAUAUGUUAUUGCAUCUGUGUAUAAUCAGAUUUAUAUGCAUAUACUGCUUUAUUUUGUUUGUCGUGCUCAGUACAGUGUAUUGAAACAACGUGGAACUUUUGUACAUUGCAAGGUUUAAUUAAUUUAAUAUAAAUCAAAGUAAGUUAAAUACAUCAAUUACCAUUUAAUGUGCUUGUCAAUAUUUUGUUUUUUUCACAACUGCUCUGAUGCGAUUACAUGUUUUACCCUAAUUCAGGUAUUCACGGAACGUUUUUGCCCUUUUUUGCCUAAACUGCGCCUUAAAAUGCUCUUUUUGAAAAUAAUGCGCCAUGCCCCUUUGCCCUCCUGGGAAAAACACUACUUAUUUGAUUGAUGACAAGCCUGCCCCAUGCGUUGAAAACAUACAAUAGGUCUGCUUACACUCAUUAUUGCUUUAUAUUUAGGACAUGCUGAUAAAGACGCCAGGUAAUUUAUGGAUGUGGCCAGACCACCCCUGACUAGGGAUGUAGGCAGAGACAUGCCAUAUUGGCCUGGUUAAAACCCUGCAUUUAUGUCACCAUCUUUAAAUUUGGAAAUUUUCAGCUGGGUUUGAAAUAACCGGUGUUUAGAUAUUGUUAUCAAAUAGUGAACAGCAGUUAAAAAUUGUGAUACAAAUAUUUGUGUCUGUAAAUGUCACUGUUUUCAUUUUUUUAGAGUUUGAAAAUGGUUCUGAUCUGUUGAAAAACGUGGCCGUGAGGGGGCGGGGAAGUUUUCCUUGUGUGGCUAUAGUGAAACCUUGCCAACAAUCUAGAAGUGACAAUUACUGUUCAAUCUUAACAAAACUUUGGUAAGAUCAUUUGCUUCAAUAAUAUCUUGGCUGAAUUUAGAAAAUGGUUUCGGUUCCUUAAAAAACAAGGCGGCCAUCGGGUGGGACAAUUUUCAAUAGAUGGCCAUAGUCAAACCUUGUUAAAGCUCUAAUGGCCACCUUUAUUGGCCAAUCUUCAUGCACUUGGUCAGGACUUUUGUCCCAAUAAAAUCUUGGCUGAGGUUGAAACUGGGUUUUUUGAGCACAACAAAUAGGUAACUAGGUCAAUUUUUUACACCAUUUUUAUCUCAUCUAAUUUUUGAAAAAAAAGUAUGAGCUAUUGUCAUCACCUUGGCGUCGGUGUCGGCGUCCAGUUAAGUUUUGCGUUUAGGUACACUUUUCUCAUAAAGUAUCAAUGCUUUUGCAUUCAAACUUGGUACACAUACUUACUAUCAUGAGGGGACUGGGCAGGCAAAGUUAGAUAAUUCUGGCUUGCAUUUUGACAGAAUUAUGUGCCCUUUUUAUACUUAGAAAAUUGAAAAUUUUGGUUAAGUUUUGUGUUUAGGUCCAUUUUAUUCCUUAAGUAUCAAAGCUAUUGCUUUCAUACUUGCAACACUUACUAACUAUCAUAAGGGGACUUUGCAGGCAAAUUCAUGUAAUUCUGACUGGCAUUUUGACAGAAUUAUGUGCCCUUUUUAUACUUAGAAAAUUGAAAAUUUGGUUAAGUUUUGUGUUUAGGUCCACUUUUUUCCUUAAGUAUCAAAGCCAUUUCUUUCAUACUUGCAACACUUACUAACUAUCGUAAGGGGACUGUGCAGGCAAAGUAAUGUAACUCUGACUGGCAUUUUGACAGAAUUAUGUGCCCUUUUUAUACAUAGAAAAUUGAAAAUUUUGUUAAGUUUUGUGUUUAGGUCCACUUUUUCCCUAAAGUAUCAAAGCCAUUGCUUUCAUACUUGCAACACUUACUAACUAUCGUAAGGGGACUGUGCAGGCAAAGUUAUGUAACUGACUGGCAUUUUGACGGAAUUAUGGGCCCUUUAUACUUGAAAAUUUGGUUAAGUUUUGGUCCCUUUAACCCCUAAAGUAUCAUAGAUAUUGCUUUCAUACUUGGAACACUCGCAAACUAUCAUAAGGGGACAGUAAAGGACAAGUUGCAUAACUCUGGUUGUCAUUUUUACUGAAUUAUGGCCCUUUUUUGACUUAGUAACUUCAGGGUUUUUUUCCCACUUUUUGGGAAGAUAGCCCAUGGCUUUGGAAUUGGGAAUUUUAUCGGCAUUUUCAUGAAAUUGGGAAAAUAAAUUCAUUAGCGUUUUAAUUCCAAACAAAAAGUCCACUGAUUAGGGAAAUACUAAAUUUGAUAUAAGUCUUUAUAAUCAUUCAAAUUAAAAGAACAAAAUCAUAUAAUACUUUGUUAGAUGUAAUUGAAUUAAAAUUGAGAUAAAUUAGACACUUCUUAAAAAAAAAAAAAAAAAAAAAAAAAAAAAAAAAUUGGGGGAAAUUGGGAAUUUUUUGCCACAUUUUGGGAAAAAGUAUACUUUUUGGGAUUGGGAAUAUAGCCGAAUUUCGGCUAUAAAAUCGAGCCAAAAAAAACGUGAACUUUGAAUAUAUGGUUACAAUUUGUGUUUAGAUUCACUUUACUUCUAAAGUAUCAAGGCUAUUGCUUUUAAACUUUAAAUACUUUCAUGCUAUCAUGAGGGUACUGUACCUGGCAAGUUGAAUUGACAAUUUGUAUACCUUGACCUUUGAAUGACCUUGACUCUCAAGGUAAAAUUAUUAAAUUUUGCUAAAAUUGCCAUAACUUCUUUUUUUAUGAUUCGAUUCAAUUGAUAUUUCAACUCUUAAACAACUCUUACCUGACAUACCACAAUUGACUCCGUCCAAACCAUCCCCUACGCCCCCCCCCCCCCCCUGAAUCCCUCAGCAAUCCCCCACCAUUAUUUAUUUUUUAUUAAAGUUCAUCUAAUAAAUGACCACCACACCCUAACACUAUUCCCCACCCCCACCCCAAAAAAAUAAUUUUUAUGCCCCCGGUAGGGUGGCAUAUAGCAGUUGAACUGUCCGUCAGUAUGUCAGUCCGUCUGUCUGUCAGUCCGAAAAAAACUUUAACAUUGGCCAUAACUUUUUCACUUUUUAAGAUAGCAACUUGAUAUUUGGCAUGCAUGUGUAUCUCAUGGAGCUGCACAUUUUGAGUGGUGAAAGGUCAAGGUCAAGGUCAUUCUUCAAGGUCAAAUUUAUGGUGUCUGUCCGUCCGAAAACUUUAACAUUGGCCAUAACUUUUUCAAUAUUGAAGAGAGCAACUUGAUAUUUGGCAUGCAUGUGUAUCUCAUGGAGCUGAACAUUUUGAGUGGUGAAAGGUGAAGGUGAAGGUCAUCCUUCAAGGUCAAAUGUCAAAUAUAUGGGGUCUCUCCGUUCGGAAACUAAUACAUUGUCCAUAGCUUUUUUUAAUAUUGAAGAUAGCAACUUGAUAUUUGGUAUGCAUGUUUAUCUCAUGAAGCUGCACAUUUUGAGUGGUGGAAGUUCUAGGUCAAGGCCAUCCUUCAAGGUCAUCCUUCAAGGUCAAAAAAAUAAAUAAUUCAAAGCGGCGUUCUCAUGAAGCUGCACAUUUAGAGUAGUGGAAGUUCAAGGUCAUCCUUCAAGGUCAAGGUCAUCCUUCAAGGUCAAAGGUAAAAAAACAAAUAAAAAAUUUCAAAGCGGCAUUAUCAUGAAGCUGCACAGUUUGAGUGGUGGAAGUUCAAGGUCAAGGUCAUUCUUCAAGGUCAAGGUCAUCGUUCAAGGUCAAAGGUAAAAAAAAUUAAUCAAAGAGGCGUUAUCAUGAAGCUGCACAUUUUGAGUGGUGUAGGUUCAAGGUCAAGGUAAUCCUUCAAGGUCAAGGUCAUCCUUCAAGGUCAAAGGUUAAACAAAAAAAUAUAAUAUAUAAAAACGGCGUUAUCAUAAAGCUGCACAUUUUGAGUGGUGGAAGUUCAAGGUCAAGGUCAUCCUUCAAGGUAAUAAAAAAUAUAUAAAAAAUUUCAAAGCGGCGUUCUUAUGAAGCUGCACAUUUUGAGUGGUGGAAGUUCAAGGUCAAGGUCAUCCUUCAAGGUCAAAGGUAAAAAAAUAAAUAAAAAAAUUCAAAGCGGCGUUCUCAUGAAGCUGCACAUUUUGAGUGGUGGAAGUUCAAGGUCAAUGUCAUUCUUCAAGGUCAAGGUCAUCCUUCAAGGUCAAAGGUAAAAAACCAAAAAAAAUCAAAGCGGCAUUAUGAAGCUGCACAUUUUGAGUGGAGGAAGUUCAAGGUCAUCCUUCAAGGUCAAGCUCAUCCUUCAAGGUCAAAGGUCAAAAAAAUAAUAUUUCAAAGCGGCCUUCUCAUAAAGCUGCACAUUUUGAGUGGUGGAAGUUCAAGGUCAAGGUCAUCCUUCAAGGUCAAAGGUAAAAAAAUAAAAAUUUAAAAGCGGCGCAAUAGGGGGCAUUGUGUUUCUUACAAACACAUCUCUUGUUUUUUUCAAACAUGGUUAAAAAACACAAAUAUUUAUUUUUAUUAUUUUAUUUUUGAAAUACCGUCCAGAAUCCCCCCCCCCCCCCCAAAAAAAAAAGAAUCAUUUUUUGCUUUUUUUUUGCAUUUUUGGAAGAUAAUGUAAUAAAUGACCACAACCCAACACUAUACACCCCUCUCCACUCCACCUUUCCAUUCUUUGUUAUUGAAAUUGAGAUAGGUCCCUACACCUUUUAAAAUAAAAAUAAAAUAGAUGAACAGUCUGCACCCGCAAGGCGGUGCUCUUUUUAUACUCUGGUAGUCGCUUUCUUUGUCAAAUAUUCUUGAAUCACGGUCAGGACAUAUUUUUGUUCUUAUGAUAUCUCGGCCGAAUUCAAAAUUACAUUAUAUACAAUGGGCCAAAAAAAUGUAAAUAUUUAUGGUUUAUGAAGUACUUUUAUUAUUUUGAACUCCACCUUUUCAGAAUACUCAAGUUCCUUAGGGUCUCAGUUGAGCACCUAAGGGUACAUGGCCCCAUUGUAAAAAUUCUUCCUUGAAGAUGUUUAAGCUACUUCACAAUAUCUAGCGACCAACUGCAAAAUUUAGCGGCCAUUGGCUAGUUAGCUUGUUUCUAAUUUAAAUCAAUGGAAUGACUUUGUAUGAAUGAUUUAUUAUUAAUUAUAUGGGUUGUUUAUUUCAAUACUCAUGAUAUAAUUGUAUUUAAUUGAAAGCACACAUAUUAUUCAUUAUACAUGAUAUUAUGUCAAUACAUGUAAUUAUAUAUUUUGACAACACAGAAUAAAGAGUGAUGGGAA